CACACACUCUCUCACACAGAUAUGACCAAGACAGCAGCAAUAGCAGCGAAGGACUUCUUCAGUAUGUGGUUGCCAGAUAUCAGGAUGUCAAAGCCAGCAGAGGUCGAGAAAGUCGGGGCCAACUCUCCGAUGGAGGGCGCAGAUUCAGAGCGGAAUGGACCUGAAUCAAAUCACCAGGCUCAGUCAAUGAAAGUCAAUCCUUAUUCCCUUUCACAAGCCCUGAGCAGCAACAAGAAUAAGAUGGAGGAGUGUGGAGAGAUGUCCCCGGCCCUCCCUCUCUCUCACGGCCCGACCCCCUCUCAGACCCUGCAGCAGCACACACAGCUCAUGCUGACCGGCUCCCAACUAGCAGGGGACAUCCAGCAGCUGCUCCAGCUCCAGCAGCUGGUGUUGGUGCCCGGUCACUCUCUGCCCUCUCCGGCACAGUACCUCCUCCAACAGCCACAGCAGGGCCAAGGUGGGCAACACCUGCUACUGACAUCCUGUUUUGGGGCAGAAAUUAGAUGUUGAAGGUCACCUAUUAUGCAAAAUAAUAAUAAGAAUCUCUUCCCCUAUUGGUUUCACUUUCCCUCCCCUGACGCGGUUCCUCUUCAGCGGGAUAAGAGUAUGGAGGUGAGCGGCGUGACCGCGGCGCCCUCAGUGACGACCCCUCACCCCGAGGAGCCCAGCGACCUGGAGGAACUGGAGGUGUUUGCCCGCACUUUCAAACAGAGACGCAUCAAACUGGGCUUCACACAGGGAGAUGUGGGUAUGGCCAUGGGGAAGCUGUACGGCAACGACUUCAGUCAGACCACCAUCUCCCGCUUCGAAGCCCUCAACCUGAGCUUUAAGAACAUGUGCAAGCUGAAGCCACUGCUGGAGAAGUGGCUCAAUGAUGCAGAGACCAUGUCUUUAGACUGCACCAUGCCCAGCCCCAGCUCCCUGUCCUCUUCCUCGAUGGGCUUUGACGGGAUGCCUGGCCGCCGCAGGAAGAAGAGAACCAGCAUCGAGACGAAUGUACGCGUGGCCCUGGAGCGCGCAUUCAUGACGAACCAGAAGCCUACCUCAGAAGAGGUCCUGAUGAUCUCAGAGCAGCUGAGCAUGGAGAAGGAGGUGAUCCGGGUCUGGUUCUGCAACCGCCGGCAGAAAGAGAAACGCAUUAACCCCUGCAGUUCCACCCCGCCCCUGCCCACCCAGCCCCCCUCUGCCCCCCAAAUGCACAAACAGCCCUGCUACAGCCCUCACAUGAUGUCCAGCCAGCUGUCCCAGGCCGUGACCAAUCUCAGCACAACGGUGACCACCAUGUCCCCCGGCUGCCCCCUGACCUCCAGCCUGACCUCCAGCCACCCCUCCCUAAGCUCCAGCCACCCCUCCCUAAGCUCCACCCACCCCUCUCUAAGCUCCGCCCCCUCUCCGGUGACCCCCCCUCCCCGCAGCACAGUCAGCCCCGCCAUCCCCAUCCCCAGCCACAGCACACUCAACCUCAACACAGGGUGA